AAGGAAGGAGAUCGGGGGAGGGGGGGACGGGAAGGGAGGCUCGGCGGCCUCGGGCACGGCGUGCCGGGCGAUGCGGGCGCGCGACGCGGGCCCCCGACCCUGAGCGCAGCGCCCCGAGCGUCGAACGAGGCCGCAGCCAUGGAGCCCGCGCAGCAGCAGCCGCAGCCGCCGCCGCCCCAGCCGGCCCCGCAGGGCCCCGCGCCGCCGUCCGCGUCCGCGCCCCCCGCCGGCGCCCCCGCCGCCCCGCCCGCGCCCCCGGCCGGCCACCAGGUCGUGCACGUCCGCGGGGACUCGGAGACCGACCUGGAGGCGCUCUUCAACGCCGUCAUGAACCCCAAGACGGCCAACGUGCCGCAGACCGUGCCCAUGCGGCUGCGCAAGCUGCCCGACUCCUUCUUCAAGCCGCCCGAGCCCAAGUCCCACUCGCGACAGGCCAGUACUGAUGCCGGCACCGCUGGAGCCUUGACCCCACAGCAUGUUCGAGCUCACUCCUCUCCAGCCUCCUUGCAGCUGGGGGCUGUUUCUCCUGGGUCACUCACCCCCAGUGGCGUGGUCUCUGGCCCUGCGGCUACCCCGGCAGCUCAGCAUCUCCGACAGUCUUCCUUUGAGAUCCCUGAUGACGUACCAUUGCCAGCAGGCUGGGAGAUGGCCAAGACAUCUUCUGGUCAGAGAUACUUCUUAAAUCACAUCGAUCAGACGACAACAUGGCAAGACCCCCGGAAGGCCAUGCUCUCUCAGCUCAACGUCCCUGCGCCUGCUCCUGCCAGCCCAGCGGUGCCCCAGACCCUGAUGAACUCCGCCUCAGGGCCUCUUCCUGACGGAUGGGAACAAGCCAUGACUCAGGAGGGAGAAGUUUACUACAUAAAUCAUAAGAACAAGACCACGUCCUGGCUGGACCCAAGGCUUGACCCUCGUUUUGGUAAAGCCAUGAACCAGAGAAUCACCCAGAGUGCUCCAGUGAAGCAGCCCCCACCCUUGGCUCCCCAGAGCCCACAGGGAGGUGUCCUGGGUGGAGGCAGCUCCAACCAGCAGCAGCAGAUACAGCUGCAGCAGCUGCAGAUGGAGAAGGAGAGACUACGGUUGAAACAGCAGGAGUUACUGCAGCAGGUGAGGCCACAGGCAAUACGGAAUAUCAAUCCCAGCACAGCAAAUGCUCCAAAAUGUCAGGAAUUAGCUCUCCGAAGACAGUUGCCCACACUGGAGCAGGAUGGGGGGACUCAGAAUGCAGUGUCUUCUCCCGGGAUGUCUCAGGAGUUGAGGACAAUGACAACCAACAGUUCAGAUCCCUUUCUUAACAGUGGCACCUAUCACUCUAGAGACGAGAGCACAGACAGUGGCCUCAGCAUGAGCAGCUACAGUGUCCCUCGGACACCGGACGACUUCCUGAACAGUGUUGAUGAGAUGGAUACAGGUGACACUAUCAACCAGAGCACCCUGCCUUCGCAGCAGAGCCGCUUCCCAGACUACCUGGAAGCCAUCCCUGGGACAAAUGUGGACCUUGGAACACUGGAAGGAGAUGCCAUGAACAUAGAAGGGGAGGAGCUGAUGCCCAGCCUACAGGAAGCACUGAGUUCCGACAUCCUCAAUGACAUGGAAUCUGUGUUGGCGGCCACCAAGCUAGAUAAGGAAAGCUUUCUCACAUGGUUAUAGAGCUGCCGGGUAGCCACUCUCUGCAUCUGUGAAGGAUCCACAGAGCCUAAGGCAUGCAUCCCUGAAAUGCAAUAAGCCAGCCACUGAUUCUCUGGCUGAUACAGAAAAGGUGAACACAUGUCCAGCAGGGAUCUUCCAUCCACUGCUCUGUUCUUCUCUGCCCAUCGCUGCUCUUAAUGUUGCUGACCUCUUCACAGCCGGCUCUGAGGAAUCAGAACCACAAAACAACAAAACCCCUUUGGUUUCCUUUGCUAUGAUAACUACUGCUCUUUGGGGUUGCUGAGGAAUAGCCUGUUUGGAUAAUGGAUACUCUUCAUUCAUUUUGUCCGCUGGUGUCUUCACCCAUCAUUUAAACUGAACACACAGACUGGGAACUGAAAAGCUUCAUGUCAGCAUUUGUUCAGAGGUGUUUUCUUCAGCUGCCUUUGGCCCUCUGGUCCAACAAGACAAAAGCAUCUGAUCUAGUACUCAGUGCUGAUUGGGAGAUGCUAAAGACUGGGCUGAAGACUGAUGGACUUUCUAUUUCUUCUCUUAGUGAUCCCUUUAGGCACAUAGUGACCUGGAUUUUAUCAUAGAAGCUUAUGAGGCAUGAGACAGUUUCCAUAGAAAUAUAUUAAUUAUUGCCACGUACGCUAGGCUAGGUUUGAAUGGAUAUUUUUGUGGGUGUUUUGGUUGUUUUUGUUGUUGUUUUUCCUUUUUUUUUUUUGGUGGUUGGUUUUGUUGGAACAUAGACAUAGUGAAGUCAUUUAUAGCUGUAGCUUGGGGUAGGCAAUACUGUUCUUUUGGGGGGAAAUCUGUAUUUCCUUGCUUUUUACCAUGGUAUUUAAAUCUUGGUUAUCUCGUCUACAUAUGUACACACACUUAAAAUGUCUAUGGUAGUGUGGUAGCAGAAUGUAUCUUUUUAAUGGUUUCCCUUUUUUUUUUUUUUUUUUUUAAUGGUAGCCUUGAACAUAUCCAUUUAGAAUGCGUGACUGGCAGUUUAUGUUUCACAAGCAGUGUGAGUUCUAUUUGGGGCAGUCUGCAGGUGUUCGGGGUAGGGCAGUGUUCUAGAGGGGCUCUUGCCCUCUGUACGCUUGGACUUGGACAGAAGCGAACAGGUAGCCUCCCUCCCCUUGGACCGGUUCAUGUUGCAGUCACUGAGCAGGCAGCAGCCUGAGAGGGGCGGGCCUCCAUUUUCCUCCCCCUCUGUUUGGGACGCACAUUCAGAUCCUUCAGUUCACGUUUGUAGUGAACACAGUGAAGACCAGAUUAAGUGUUACCUGUGAGAUUGUCUCCAGGAAACCUGCUCACACGUCUCUGCUGAAUCAGCCCUGGGGUAGGUAGUGUGUAGAAUGCUGUGAGGCCAUGCUUGGCUGGUAAAGUAAUCAGACUAGUAAAUGUGUGGGGGUAGUCGAACUUAGCAAGGAACUAUAGAGAAGCAUGAUUAUGCCUUUAUUUUUGCGAGAAGAGAGAUUCUUAGAGUGUGUCUCCAGGAGUAAUAAAGGUUUCCAAAGAGUAUUUUUAAAGGAACAAAAUAAGCAUGAAUUAACUCUUCACUAUAAGCUGUGAGUACUAGUUGGUUAUGAGUUAUAGUGGCACCAGUUGGCACCUCUGUCAUUUAAGGGCCUUCGAAUGCUUCUAGAAGAAUCCCUUAUUUUCAAGGGUUUAUAAUGAACAACAACAAAAAAAAUUUUUCCUGGCUAAAGCUGCUACUAUGAAAAGCCUCAGCUUAGGAAGAUAGAAAUCUAAGUGUUUUGGCCCUUUAAUUUAGUGUAGCUCGAGAAUGGAAGUAGAAAUGUUUUAUUCAGUACUUUGAGUGCUCAAGAAAUGCAAUCAGUGUAUUAUAUAUGAUUCAUAGGUCAGUCAUUCGUAGCCAUCGACUCUAAGGCUUUUUUAUUAAGAAACUAGCCAUCGACUCUAAGGCUUUAUUAAGAAACUAGCUGAUUCGCCCUUGAAUUACGUCUGGGGAAAUGGCCACCAGGAGGAUGCGUUGACUUUAGAACAGAAAUGAAAUUCUACUCUGAUUGAAUUGAGCAGAUGCAUGCUACACAGCAGUGUGUGGUGGGCGCAGAUGGUAGGGCAUCGACGAGUGCCUGUGGUUUACCAGAAAGCUGCAGAAUAAAAGUGCAUCCUCUGUGUGGGCAGACUAGCUUUGGGGGGGGAGGGAAGGUGGGCGUGGGCUGGUGAGAGUUAGUGGGGCCGUGAUAGGAAAGCUUUGAUGAACUUACUUCCCUUCAAUAAAGACUUCUCUCGCAUCUUGUUCCUAAACUCCCAGCCGCUUAAGCCUCCCCUCCUCCAAGUGAGUUGUGCCACCUUCCUUCUCCCUCAGGACCGUUUGCCUGGUUAUACCUCAGUGUCCAUCAGCCCCUGGUGCCUGUCAGUGCUCCCUGACUGUGGGAAACCUGAGCACCCUUUCUCUCACUGAAUUUGAAUCACGGCCUCAAUGUAGUCUCUAUUGUUCUGUCCAAAGUGUUUAAUGCUUCCUGGCUGUAGUGGGUAGCAUGCAGAUAAGAAUUUAACUGGUUAUUCUUGAAUAUCUUUUACAAUAAACCAAUUUUUAUAAUCUUAAAA